GUUAAACUUCUGGUAUCAACCGGAAAGUGUGACCUUCUUGCAACAACACGAGAGGGGGGUUGGACAGCUCUCCAUACUGCAGUUGACCUUGACGACGCGAACAUCACACGGAUACUUCUACCUACUUUCCCCAACAUAUACCUUCCACCUCAUCAAGUCCUGGCUGCAUUACGCCAACCGACAGAAUCAUCUUGUGCUGUCACAGCUCUGCACAUGGCUGUGCGUAGGAACAGCACCAGUUGUGCAGUGGUGCUUUUACAGACUGCCAAUGCCCUGGUCCAUGGACAUUCUGGUGGUUGGUCGACGUCGGAGGAUGAAGACGAUUCUGUCUUCGCUGAGAAGGUUCAACAACGUCGAGAAUUUCAUGGACAGGCAGAAGAUGGGUCAAGGAAGCUGAAUAAGCUGCAAGAUUCUAACGGAGACACACCUUUGCAUUGGGCUGUGAAAACUAACAAGUUAGACAAUAUUAAGUUAAUUCGAUUAAUUUGA